CUUUGAUUGUGAAUCAGGCCCAGGCCCAUCUCUGCAGCAACCCUCUUCCUGUCGUCACUUCGUCUUCCUCACAUCCCUGCGAUCUCCCCGAUGAGAUCCUGAAACCUCAGUCGGCGGCGUUGAGCAGUAACGUCUCUCCUUUCAAUUAAUCACCUCUUUACUCCGACUUUAAUCGUUUGAUCCAACCCGACUUAAAAGUACGUCUUUGUCUUCCUUAAAAACCCAAAGAAGGCUUCCCUAUAAAUAUCGGUAUCCUCCUGCUGCAAUGAGCGCACCUCACACAAUAUCAGAAACAAUUCUUAUUCCCAGCGAUCGAUUUCCAUGUCUUCAUACACUCUGCUUGCUGAUCUCAGAGCCGGCCGAGGUGCGUCUGCUGCAUUUUUGGGAGGCCAGAUACCAGUGGAGACCUCAUCAGUGUUGACAUGUUGCUCAUCGAUGAGAAUCUCAAGUUCAGGCAACGACUGUCUGAUGGAAGUGUCUACCGUUGCUUAUGAAUCUUUCACCCUCCUUACCGAUCUGAAAGCUGGGUGCUGCUCCAACACUGAAGAGGUUCGUUUUCUGAGUCUCGGUGCGAGAUAUGCAAGAAAACAAUCAGGUAAUGGAGUUUCAGCAAAGGAAAUGUUGCGUGAUAUUUGAGAUUUCAAGCAAUCUUGCAAGGGUUUCUUGAUGGGUAUAAACAUUUGCAAUUCUGCAAUACCACAAGCAUUUCUUGAUGGGACGGACACAAAUCUUCGCAGGCUCACUGAGCAGGAAGGUGAAAAUAUCCCUGAAGUAAGGCUGCCUGAAGUUGUGGCACCAUGAAGAGAUGACAAAUAUGGUAAGUGGUAACACUUGCAAUGUUGGAGAGAAGCCAUCUACUUCUAAUGCUUCCAGUGCCGGACGUUCUGCAGCGACCAAAGAACAACUUGCUGUUGUUUUAUUAUCUUUUUCAUUUUCGCUUAAAUCUGUUUCUUUUUGUUUUAAAAAUUAACGUGAUAUAGUUGCUGUUUCAAUUAUUAACAAUGGCACAAACUGCCUAAUUCCUCUGAGAUAGAACUUGACUUAUCACUUCGGUCUUCUGUUUGUGUUUGACUACCGUAAUGUAUAUAAUGGAAUUGAUUAUUUGACCACUCA